GUGCACCCGCGUCCGCUGGGCGCCACGGGCGGAGGGACGCGCGGAGAUGACGCAGGCAGCACCGGAAGCCGCUCCCCUGUGAGGUUGCAGACCCCGAGCGGCGGCCGCUGGUCCAGGCGCCAUGGCUGCGGAGCGGACCCGGCCGCUGCGAGGCUCUGGCGGCCCGAGCGCGCCUAGUCGGUGUGAGCCCGGCGCGAGGUCCCGGGCCCCGGGGCGCUCGCUCAGGUCAGUGCUGCGCGGAACACGACUCUGGGAGCAGGGAACCUGGGAGCGACGAACGGGCUGAAGGGAUCUGGAGUUGAUUUUAGAGAUGGGAACAUUGAGUCUCGGAGUUACUGCCUCUUAGUUCUCAGCUUCCUUAGCUGCGAAAUGAGUUAACAAUGAUGUCCCAGGGCUGCCAUGACUUUGAAAGAUGAUGAAGUGUGGAGAGGUGGUUUUGAAGUACAAAGCGCUGUAUUAAUGUGAGGGACUGCGCCGUAGUUGUGGGUAUGCCAUAGAAACAGGUGUGUAUGUGGCGGGGGGGGGGGGGGGGGCUUGAACUACAGAUAGCCAUAUUAAUGCUCAAUAAUAAUGGUAACUGACGUUUCUCGGAGGCUUACAGCGUGUAGGGUACUGUGCUAAACGCUUUACGUGCAUUAUCCGAUUUAAGCCUCACAAACACCCUUGCAGGGAAUGCUGUUCCGAGGUUGCAUUUUACAAGUCAAAGACUGGACUUGAGAUUGGUGAAGUGAUUUCCCCGGUGUCACUCAGCAACAAGUGGAGUUGCAGAGCCUGGAUUUUAUAAACACUGUAUUCUUUCCGAGCUGUUUGUAUUCAUCUCAAAACCAAAGGCGAGAUGAAUAAAUAAGUUGUAAUAUUAAGUUGUAAUAAUAAGUUGUAAGAUUUUAAAUAAGUUGUAUAUUCACAUGGUUUUAAAUUCAAGAAAGGGCUCCUCACGCCUGUUCCUCAGCUCUCCAGGUUUCUCUGGAGGCAACCAGUGUUACCAGCUUCUUGAAUAUUCCAAAGAUACCUUGGGUGUGUGUAAGUUUAUAAAUCCAGAUACACGUUUUCAAAACCUCUGUACUGUAACAAGCUGAUUAUGCUUGAUGAGAAACCAGGGAAGAUGAAGCCUCGGGCUUCCGAACAACAAAUGUCUUGUUUUCACUCUUAACUAGGCCAGGUCCUGGUGGAGGAGAGGAAAACGUACAUGUGAUGUUUUAUCCAGAACAUCUAUCUCUAGUAAGACCUAGCAGUAUAUAGGUUUUGUUUUGUUUGCGACGGUGGGGAGCUAGGUAAGAUGUUAAAUUGCUUAACUUCCUAUGGGACCCUGGGAAAGUCACUCCACCUGUUGGGUCAUAAAUCUCAUUUAUUAGUUAAGGGCAACAGUACUGAUACUUUCUUUGAAGUUCUGAUAAUCAAAUGAAGUAAUGUCUAUGAGUAGUACUUGAAUCUUUUAAACCAAUACAAAUAUGAGAGUUGCCAGAGGGAACAUAGGGAAUUAAUGGUAGAACCAGAGACCAAACCCAGGCCUCCUGGCUUCCAAUUUUGCAGUCUUCAUCAUACCCAUUUCGGAGCUUUGUGAUUGUUAAUAUUGAGGGCAGAAGGACAAGUUUAAUGUUUAAUCUCAAGUCGGGGGGAGGGGAAGGCAAGACAGCAUGGAGUGUGGGUACAGACAAAAAUGCACCUAGCAGGAAAUUCUAGCCUCAACUCAAUAACUGCCCUUAAUUAUAAAAUUAAACCCCAGUAAGUUUGAGUCCGUGAAUUUUUCUUCCAUGUAUUUUAAGCCAAUUUAAGGGAAAGUUUAUGGAAAGGAUCAUAGAGUUGAAAGGGUUGUUAGUAGUCCUGUCUAUUCCAGCCUUAGGGCUGCUGAAAGCUUUCCUGGCCAGUAUUCAUAAUAAUAAAAGUAACAAAAGUACCACCCCUGGUCAAUUUCUGAGUUUCACAGCCCUCAAAGUGAGGGAUAGCUUCCAUUUUACAGAUAGAACUGAAGUGUAGAAGUUGGUCAGAGAUGCCCAUGAUCACAUAGGAAGUGGCUAAAUCACUGAAAGACUUGACUGACUCCAAAGCAUUUUCAUAUAUACCUCAUUCUGCCUCUGUUUCUAACUGUCCUUGACUUUCCCAGUAAUGGGAAUCUCACCAUUCUGGAGGCAGCCCCUACAUUGUUGGAAAUCUCCUGAUGAUUUAGAAGUUCCUCCUAAUGGGGAGCCUGAGUGGCUCAGUCAGUUAAGUGUCCAACUCCUGAUCUCAAGCACAGGUCUUUUUUCUUUUAAUUUUUAUUUAUUAUUGAAAGAUAGAGUUAGAGCGUGAGCAGGGGAGGGGCAGAGGGAGAGGGAGACACAGAAUCUGAAGCAGGCUCCAGGCUCUGAGCGGUCAGCACAGAGCCUGACGCGGGGCUCGAACUCACAAACCGCGAGAUCCUGACCUAAGCCGAAGUCGGACGAAGUCGGACGCUUAACCGACUGAGCCACCCAGGCGCCCCACUCAAGCACAGGUCUUAAUCUCAGGGUUGUGUGUUCAAGCCUCUCAUUAGGCUCUGCGCUGGGCGUGAAGCCUACUUAAAAAAAAAUAAAAGCUCCUCCAUGUGUUGAAUUGAAAUCCUGCUUCCUGAAGUUUUCCCCUGGGGGCCUUGUGCGGCCAGUAUGUGAUAUUCCUACAGGCUCUCUAAAAGAGUUCAUUUUAGACCUGUGACCUUAAGAAAGUUACCUCCAAAGUCUUUUUUUUUUUUUUUUAGAAAAGUAAAUACUGGUGUUUUCUAAUAGUGCAGAGUUGAGGAAAAAAUUCUUAUUAUGGGUUAAGAGAAUAUAUGAAUCUCAGAAAUGGCUGGGUUUUUUAAAGGCUCUCACUGAAAAGUUUGUCCCAUAAUUUUCUAUGGUGUCAUGACUACAUUAAUUUGGCAUGCUGUAAGAUGUGUCUUAGUUUUUGUUAAUGGUGCGAACCUACCUGAUAAUGUUUUCAUGGGUAUUAUAAAUUUGCCUUGUGGUCAUUUAAAUAAUAAUUCAGCUUACGUGUAAACAUUUCUGUGAUGGAUGUGUGGAUAUUCAUGUGUGUGUAGGUGUAGGUGUGAUAGAGGAAGAAGCCCCCCAUGCUUUUUCACUGUGGAAAAGGAUUCCUGGGCAGAUGUUUUGGUGUAUGUUUUUAAUUGGCCAGUAUUAAUUAAUUAGCUAUGGUGACAUUUUGUGGGUGUUCAAAGAAAAGAGUUGUUUUGCCUUGCUAUGAGUGAUUUUUUCCAAGUAAAAAGUUUCUGGAAAUGUUGAAGAUAGAAGGUUGUUUGGAUUCAGGAGGAGGUAGUGUGGUAACUUCUGUUGUUGAUUAAACUUUUGGUGAACUGAUUAUUUUUUGGCUGCCAGGUAAAUCCUUAAACUAAUAAAUCCUGCCUAGCCCAAACCCUGAGGAUUCCAGAAUAUUAUUUUAUUUUUAAAGUCCAUUCACUGUUCCAAAAACCAAAAUUAUUGGAUAGUAGAUGAUGUGAUUGGAAAGUUUGGUUGCAUUUACUGUUUUUUGUCUGAUAACAUUCUGGCCAAAUUUGAUAUUGGGAAAUUAAUGAAAAGGACUUUUACUGACCUUAUGUGAACAAAGUUGGAAGGUGAGAUCUGGCUUUUGAUGUAGACCUCAUCUAGGUGACAUUUAUGGGAAAAAUUUUAUUUUCCUCUUCGACAUUAAUUUAGAUACUAAUGUUUUUUUUUUUUUUUUUUUAAUUUAUUUUCAACGUUUAUUUAUUUUUGGGACAGAAAGAGACAGAGCAUGAACGGGGGAGGGGCAGAGAGAGAGGGAGACACAGAAUCGGAAACAGGCUCCAGGCUCUGAGCCAUCAGCCCAGAGCCCGAUGCGGGGCUCGAACUCACGGACCGCGAGAUCGUGACCUGGCUGAAGUCGGACGCUUAACCGACUGCGCCACCCAGGCGCCCCUAGAUACUAAUGUUUUUAAUCUAUGUGUCAGGAUUCUUUUUUUUUCUAAAUAUAAUUUUAUUUUAAAUUCCAGUAUAGUUAACAUACAGUGUUAUAUUAGUUUCACAUGUACAAUAUCAUGAUUCCACAGUUCCGUCACCCAGUGCUUAUCACAAGUGCACUCCUUAAUCCCCAUCACCUAUUUCACCCACCUCCCCUCUGGUAAAUAGGUUUGGUUUGUUUGGUUUGUUGCCUCGCCUCGCCUCGCCUUUCUGUUUUAAUUUUAUUUUUUUUAAUUUACAUCCAAAUUAGUUAGCGUAUAGUGCAACAAUGAUUUCAGGACUAGAUUCCUUAAUGCCCCUUACCCAUUUAGCCCAUCCCCCCUCCCACAACCCCUCCAGUAACCCUCUGAUUGUUCUCCAUAUUUAAGAGUCUCUUAUAUUUUGUCCCCCUCCCUGUUUUUAUAUUAGUCUUGUUUCCCUUCCCUUAUGUUCAUCUGUUUUGUCUCUUAAAGUCCUCAUAUGAGUGAAGUCGUAUGAUAUUUGUCUUUCUCUGACUAAUUUCGCUUAGCCUAAUAUCCUCCAGUUCCAUCCACGUAGUUGCAAAUGGCAAGAUUUCAUUCUUUUUGAUUGCCGAGUAAUACUCCAUUGUAUAUAUGCCACAUCUUUAUCCAUUCAUCCAUUGAUGGACAUUUGGGUGCUUUCCAUACUUUGGCUAUUGUGGAUAGUGCUGCUAUAAACAUGGGGGUGCAUGUGUCCCUUCGAAACUGCACACCUGUAUCCCUUGGAUAAAUACCUAGUAGUGCAAUUGCUGGGUUGUAGGGUAGUUCUAUUUUUAGUUUUUUGAGGAACCUCCAUAUUGUUUUCCAAAGUGGCUGCACCAGCUUGCAUUCCCACCAACAAUGCAAAAGAGAUCUCUUUCUCUGCAUCCUCGCCAACAUCUGUUGUUGCCUGAGUUGUUAAUGUUAGCCAUCCUGACAGGUGUAAGGUGGUAUCUCAUUUGAUUUGUAUUUCCCUGAUGAUGAGUGAUGUGGAGCAUUUUUUCAUGUGUUGGUUGGCCAUCUGGAUGUCUUCUUUGGAGAAGUGUCUAUUCAUGUCUUUUGCCCAUUUCUUCACUAGAUUAUUUGUUUUUUGGGUGUUGAGUUUGAUAAGUUCUUUCUAGAUUUUGGAUACUAACCCUUUAUCUGAUGUGUCGUUUGCAAAUAUCUUCUCCCAUUCUGUCGGUUGCUUUUAGUUUUGCUGACUGUUUCCUUCGCUGUGCAGAAGCUUUCUAUUCUGAUGAGGUCCCAGUAGUUCAUUUUUGCUUUUGUUUCCCUUGCCUCUGGAGAUGUGUUGAGAUUUGGAUGUUAAUUUUUAAAAUUAGUAUGGCAAUCUGGUAGGAAACUAAGUGAUAUUAGAAGGAAAGCUUUGUUGUUUAACUAUGGAAUGUUUAAACAUAUGGUAGUAAAGAGAAUAAAAACCUCCGUGUAUCCAUCAUCCAGCACUAACAUCCAGUCAACAUAUAGCUAAGCUUGGGAAAGAUGAUUUUUGCUGAUUUGCUGUAUUUUUUGUUUUUUCAUUAGUUUACUCCCUGUUCUUAAAAGUGGGUUGAUACCUUGAUGCAGUGUAUAAUGCUAUAUACUUGUAACGUUUCUUUUUGCUCCAGUUAGUCCUGGAGCAAUGUGUCGUUCUUUUAAAGGAGAAGGUGGUAUAAUCAGAUAGGUACCAGAUUUUAUAACCAGGUUGUGAUUCUCCUGGUUGUAGCUGUAGUCAGAGAGAGACAGUUCGGUCUGUGUGGUUGGAAGAGUACUGAUGGAGGGAGCACUGACUUCCAGUCUGUUCUGAUGCUGUUUUAAUAGCUCUAUUGACUGUAGGUAGGCAAAUCACUUACCUUCUCUGACUUGUAACUUCCUCCUCUGCAAAGUAGAGAUGAUGCUACCUGGGGUUUUUUUGUUUUGUUUUGUUUUGUUUUUGGUGUUUUGGAAGCAUCAGGAUUACUUAUUUGUGCAAGCUUCCUUGACCCUCUUUGCUCUCUGGGGGCACAUGAUUAAGAGUUGUCACCAGCUCAUAUGAGGCUUAUAAAAACUAUGUAAGGCUACAUAAGGCCUUUGGUAAUUUUUGUUCUAACAGGCAGUGCCAUAAAGGAAGUAGAAAAACCAAAAUACCUGAGCCAUAUGAUUUAUUACAUCUGCCUGUUUUUCUUCCCCAGACCUUUUUUGCCUGAAUAUUUAUUGAAAACCCAGUAGUCAGUUCUGUGAUUUUGGUAACAGAUCAAGCUGUGCCUAGCAUGAUAACUAAUGUCUCCAGUUACUGCUCAGGAGACUUGCCUUCUGGUUGUCACAUGCUGGUGCUUAUAUUUGUGACUUAAGUACCCAAAUAGAGCAUAUUAAGGAAAUAGUGUUACAAUGGUUUUGAUCGUGUUGGGGGGAGGGGCGAGAAGUGUAUAGAAUAAACUAUUUUAUAAUGAGUGAUACUAUAAAUCUUUUACUGUGAAAAUGCAUGUAGUAUGUGCUAGACUUCAAAAGGAGCAAGUCACAUACACCAACAUAAGUCUCACUGAUUUAUGUUUCAGAGAUCAUGAUUCAUUAAAGUAUGUUUUCUUAGAUGUAUUAUCUUUUGUGUGCAUGGAAGAUUUUCGAAUACAAUAUAUUAACUGUAAAGUUGUAAUGUAAUAACUAAACAUAAAGUUGUAAUGCCAAGUUUUUUACACUAAUUUUCAUUUGUUAGCAGUCUUGCUUGAAUGGUCUUUUUGAGCAGAACUAAUACAAUAUUUUGAUGUGCCACAGGUAAAUUUUUCCAUAACCUUAUGGAGAGAAAGGACUUUGAGACAUGGCUUGAUAACAUUUCUGUUACAUUUCUUUCUCUGACGGACUUGCAGAAAAAUGAAACUCUGGAUCACCUGAUUAGUCUGAGUGGGGCAGUCCAGCUCAGGCAUCUCUCCAAUAACCUGGAGACUCUCCUCAAGCGGGACUUCCUCAAACUCCUUCCCCUGGAGCUCAGUUUUUAUUUGUUAAAAUGGCUCGAUCCUCAGACUUUACUCACAUGCUGCCUCGUCUCUAAACAGUGGAAUAAGGUGAUAAGUGCCUGUACAGAGGUGUGGCAGACUGCGUGUAAAAAUUUGGGCUGGCAGAUAGAUGAUUCUGUUCAGGACGCUUUGCACUGGAAGAAGGUUUAUUUGAAGGCUAUUUUGAGAAUGAAGCAACUGGAGGACCAUGAAGCCUUUGAGACCUCGUCGUUAAUUGGACACAGUGCCAGGGUGUAUGCACUUUACUACAAGGAUGGACUUCUCUGUACAGGGUCAGAUGACUUGUCUGCAAAACUGUGGGAUGUGAGCACAGGACAGUGCGUUUAUGGUAUCCAGACCCACACUUGUGCAGCAGUGAAAUUUGAUGAGCAGAAGCUUGUGACAGGCUCCUUUGACAACACUGUGGCCUGCUGGGAAUGGAGUUCUGGAGCCAGGACCCAGCACUUCCGGGGGCACACAGGGGCGGUGUUUAGCGUUGACUACAAUGAUGAACUGGAUAUCUUGGUGAGUGGCUCUGCAGACUUCACUGUGAAAGUAUGGGCUUUAUCUGCUGGGACGUGCCUGAACACGCUCACCGGGCACACGGAAUGGGUCACCAAGGUGGUUUUGCAGAAGUGUAAAGUCAAGUCUCUUUUGCACAGCCCUGGAGACUACAUACUCUUAAGUGCGGACAAAUAUGAGAUCAAGAUUUGGCCGAUUGGGAGAGAAAUUAACUGCAAGUGCUUGAAGACAUUGUCUGUCUCUGAGGAUAGGAGUAUCUGCCUGCAGCCAAGACUUCAUUUUGAUGGCAAAUACAUUGUCUGUAGUUCAGCGCUGGGUCUCUACCAGUGGGACUUUGCCAGUUAUGAUAUUCUCAGGGUCAUCAAGACUCCUGAGAUAGCAAACUUGGCCUUGCUUGGCUUUGGAGAUAUCUUUGCCCUGCUGUUUGACAACCGCUACCUGUAUAUCAUGGACUUGCGGACAGAGAGCCUGAUUAGCCGCUGGCCUCUGCCAGAGUACAGGAAAUCAAAGAGAGGCUCAAGCUUCCUGGCGGGCGAAGCAUCCUGGCUCAAUGGACUGGAUGGGCACAAUGACACGGGCUUGGUCUUUGCCACCAGCAUGCCUGACCACAGUAUUCACCUGGUGUUGUGGAAGGAGCACGGCUGACGCCACGAGCUUACCACCGCUGACUUGACUUUGGGUGCCGGGGCUGCGGGUUUUCAGUGCAACCUCUCUGGCAGCCGACUGCAUGAACCAAAGUUCUCACCUAAUGGUAUCAUCGCGCAGUGCACAAUCAUUUAUCUAUGUUUGCCAGGGGGCCAGGGCUCGGGGCGGGGGAGGGCUUGUUUUAUUGACAUACAGCACAGCAUGCUAGUGGGGGUACGCCAUUGACUUCAUUUGUACUUAGUUAUGUUGGUCAAUAGAAGAGGAUGCAUUUUGGGUUCAUCUUUCUUGAAUAUUGGUUUUAAGUAAAGAAAGUUAAAUGGCUCAUUAAUCUGCUAAUUGGUUGCCUAUAAAAACACAUUCAGUCUAUUAUUAAAGCUUUUUACCAUC